UUUUUAAUAUUUUUAUUACUUACGAGGGUUCUCCUUUUUUUAGUUAACUGCCUGAGCUGUUAUACUUGUACAAGUGAGGAUUCCUUGGAAAACUGCAAUUCGAAGUUAACAAAAAAGGAAUGCCCAUCGGGGACACCGAAUUGCCUCACUGGCACGUUAACAUGUUUCGCCAGAGGGGAAGUCUCGAAAACUUUCUUCUACAAGAGAUGUGGAACCAAAGUCAAGGGCUGCGAGCCGUCAGAUUAUCCUUCCUGUCCUUCGUCUUCCAGAGUUACAAACGAUUGUUGCACUAGAGACAACUGUAACGCGGCUCCCAAGAACGACACUGUGAACUCUGGCCCAUUAUAUAAGAUCAACGGCGCACUUACAACAAUGUCUAUUUUGCUGACCUUCUUGGAGUUCUCAUACUUCUAA